GUGAAUCAAUCAAAAUAUUUGGCGGUUUUAUAUCACGAUGAAUAUAACCAAGAGCAUGUAAUGUAGAAAUGGCUAAUAUAAUUUCGGCAGCAUAAAAUCUACACAUAUCCUCAGAUGGUAGAAGAAGAAGAAGAAGAAGAUGCCACUCUACAUACCAUUAUUGGCUGUUAUUAUAACAAAUUUUUUUCUUACAUUUUAUCUAUUAAAUCGUUAUAGUAAUUUUGGUCGUCAAAACCUCCUGAUUACAAUUAGUGUUUUUAUUUCGUGGUUUUUUUCAUUUAAUGUUGUAUUUAUUCUACCAUUGGAUAUUACAUCGACCAUUUACAACCAAUGUAUCAUCCGUAACAAUAUUACAAAUAAUGGAACCGAUUAUAUUGGCAAUAACCAAACUACUUCUAUCAUUUCGAACAUCUCAUCACCAUUACCAUUAUCGUUUGAUCAUCACAAUUUUACCCAAAUUGGCCAUAAUUUAACCGCCAGCAACAAUUCCAGUCAAAUCAAGUCAAAUAAUGAAAGUCAAAGUCAACAAAAACCAACAUUCAUUUGUGCCAAACCAUGGAGUUAUGUACCAAAAAACGUUUUACAAAAUUUAUGGAAAUUUAUUUAUUGGUCAUCACAACUGUUAACAUGGAUAAUAUUACCAAUAUUUCAAUCAUAUUCAAUGUCAGGUGAAUUUACUGUUUGGAAAAAAAUUGAAUCAUCAUUGAAAGAAAAUUUAAAAUAUUAUUGUUUAUUUGGUUUUCUAUUCCUCAUAUUUCUAUUCUAUUAUGCAACCAAACAACGUUUAACAAUGGAAAGUUUAAAAAUUUUCUGUAUAUCAGCAUCGAAUACAUUUGGUUUAUUUUUACUACUAAUCCUAUUGAGUUAUGGAUUGGUUGAUAUACCAAGAAAUUUUCUUAAAAAUUAUCAAUGUAAUCAUCAAUAUAAACUGAAUUAUUUAUAUUUUCGUAUUGGAAAAAUUAAUGAAGAAAAAUAUGAAACAAAUUGUCAACUUGAAGAUUUGUUGGAUGAAUUACGUUCUUAUUAUGUUAAAAUAUCGAAAGAAAAUGGUUCCCGAUAUUUAAUGAAUAAAUUACAGAUAAUCAUUGAUAAAUGUCCCGAAUCUUUUCGUAAUGAACUAAAUGAAUCAUCAAUUGAUUUGGAUUUGAAUUUUGAACUUAAUGAAAAACGUUUGGUCAGCUUGAAUUCAAAAAUCAAUAAAGCUUUACAAACUAGUCAUCGUACUGAAGUACAAUAUCGAAUGCUAAUCAAACAGGCAAUACAUUUGGAAGAAAUUAUUAAAGAAUUGAAUGAUGAUGAAAAUUCUUCUUUAAAAACAUCAACAUCAUUGAACAAUGUUUCCCGUAUUGAACGUUGGCUUAUUCGUAAUGUUCCAAAUGUUGAAUUUUUGCUGCAACAUAAACAUAUUAUCGUUUACAAGAUUUUUUUUCUUGUUUUUGGUUAUUUAUUUUCAUUAUUUUCAAUAUCGAUUGUUUGGUCGGAAUUUACAUUUUCAAUCAAAUCAAUACCAAUCAGUAUUUUUGCCCUGAUUAUUAAUCUUAUUGAUUAUAAUUAUUUUUGGAUCGAGCUAUUUUCAAUGCUUUCAAUUGCAUAUCUAAGCUGCUGUUGUUAUUAUACAAUAUUUAAAAUAAGAAUUUUUAAUUAUUAUUACUUGUCGAAACAUCAACAAACAGAUGAAUAUAGUUUAAUUUUUAGUGGAAUGUUAUUAUGUCGUUUGGCAUCACCACUAUGUCUAAAUUUUCUAAGUUUAAUUCAUUUUGAUUCACAUAUAUCAACCGAAUCAAUUGAAGAAGAAACAUCAUUCACACAAAUAAUGGGACAUUUAGAUACAAUAUCCUAUAUUAGUGAUUAUAUUUUCAUCUAUUUACCAUUGUUUAUGAGCGUAUUUUGUGUGGCAAUUUUAUUCAAAUUAGAUAUGAAAUUAUUCUCGUAUUUUGGUUUUGGCCAAUAUAGUUUGUUUGAUGAAAUAAGUCAAGAAUAUUUAUUGGAAGGUGAAAAAUUGGUUAAACGAGAACAAAGAAAACAGCGAUCAUCGAUGGCUACCGGAUCAUCAUCAAAUGUCAGUGGUGGCGGUGUUAAAAAAACCAAAUUCGGUAAACGUGAUGUAAAUUCCAACCUAAAUCGUACGGCAAGCCGUGAAAAAUUAUUACCCGAUGAACCAACAUUGAUCAAAGAUCAAGAUCAACAACCACAACAAAAUAUUGUUGAUAUUGAAAGAAAUUUAUUUGAUGAUAUUUAACCCUUUCGCUACCCCCCACAGAAUUUUCCAAAAUAAAAGAAACAAAUUUUUUUUUGGUUUUAUAA